AUGCUCAACGCUUGCACAGAAACAUAUUUUCGUAGAGGAGGUUUGAAUAGCUUCCAAAAACACAUGUGGUGGUUACGACCACGAGAUGGGGCGGUGGUUCUUCCGAUGAUGAUUUCUUCUCCUUUCAACAACAAGCAACUUUAUUCAUCACCAAGCACUAUCAUGAUGAAAUCAUUACAGAAAGAAUCAACAUCCCGAAAAUUGUUUCAUCAAUCCUUGAAAUAUUUGUCUUUUUCUCCAUACACGAAAGAAAAUGAUCGAGGUGAUGCAUCAGCAUUCCUGGAGGCAGAAUUUUCUUCACUCUAUCCCAAAAUCAAAACUACUCAAACUUUUUCAGUGCUGUAUAGUGGCCAGGUAUUUUCAGAUUUAGCCCUUUCGGACCCUAUCUAUUAUAAAAUUAAAUUAAUUUUAAAUCAUUCAUUAUUUCUUGGAGUGGAUAAACCAAGCAGACGAUUUUUAUAUGAAAGGUUGAAACAAGAUGGACCUGAAAUUGCAUUAAAAGUACCGUUACCGUCUAUAAUGGAGUUGGUUGGACUUACUGAACAAGAAUUGCUCAUUAUUGAGAACAAGUUGGAAAUUUAUCAACAACCUACGACUAACAAUUCUCCAACACACGCCUCGUUGGAGAAUUUGUUGGAUCACUGUAGUGCUCUGUGCAAAAAGAUUUUCCAUCUCUUAAAGACCAAGGAAGAGAGAAAAGCUGACAUUUAUUUCAGAAGAUUACAUGUAAAGCUAAAAGAAUUAGGAGUUGAAACAUUGGAGGCACAACAAGAGCAUCCAACUGUUUGUUUUUUAUAUAACAAGAGACAUUUAAUUGACGCCGAAAAAGAAUUCCUCAAAUGCAACGAUGAGCUCAUGAAAAUACAAGAUUCGAUGAGCCCAACCGAGUUUCAAAAUGACAAAGAGGUCAACAGAAAGAAGGCAUCAGAUGCUUCCAAGGUGGAACUUUAUGCAAAAUAUUUGAUUGGAGAUUUGCAGUUCAGGAAAGCCAUUUAUUUUCUUGGAUUGGCAUCUGAUGUUGCUGAGUUAAGUGUUGAGAAACAUUCAAAACAUUUUUCUGCAGCAGAAUUAGACAUGUUGAGAGUGGACAGAGAGCGUCGAUAUUAUCAACUAGCUCAAUUAUAUACAUUUGUUGCUACUCUGGCAAGGGAAUAUUCUGGUUUAACAAAAUUUUUUGGAAACGAUGGAGUUGCUUCAUACACUUUGGAAGAUAGCAAAGUUUUACACACAUUUUUAUUACACGCAUUUUCAAUACAGGUCAAGAAGGACCGCCAACUGAAAUCAGCAUUUAGACAAACAGCAGAUUUAUAUUCCUUCAUGGCAGGUAAAAAGCUACGAGAUUUGAAACAAAAAUGUCCUUCUAUGGAACAGAAAUAUCCUCUCAUCAAAUUAUUUCGUCAACAGUAUCUAAGAUCCAUGUUGCCAUCUCGAAUUAAGAAAUUACUUAUUGCCCUAGGAAUUUGUUUAUUGCUGUACGCCAUGAAAAAGCUAUGGGAUGAAAGGCAGAAAAGAAAAAAAGAUGAAUUAGAGUUUAACAUUCAGAAACAAGAAUACUUCUCUAAAGCAAUAUCAAAUCGCUACAAAAUUGACGAUGAUGAUACUUGA